AUGUCCUCAUCCACUGCUCCAAUUGUUCAACCAAAAAACCCUGAAGUUCCCAGGUAUAAAGGAGAUUAUGGUACUACGAAAGCUGCGUUAUCUGCUGCUGGCAUCGCAAAUGUGGUUGUAUUUUCUUUCAUAAUCACUGCUUUCAUGGAAGACUCUGGUGAUAAACAUCAAAAGCGAGACAAAGAAGAUUAA